AAAAAACCCUUCCCCCCUCCUUGCACAGCCCUUGUUACCGCCAAAUAACAAAGGCCAUUGUCCCAAGUACAGCUGCCCCUCCAGCACUAACAGAUAGCUGCCCACCCGCCCGCCACCCGCUGUUAAAGCUACUAGCUGAAGCUCUGCUGCCCCUCUCCCCCCGCCUCAACUCCAAAACUUGGCCAUCAUCAGCGUCAUCAGCGCUUCUUCUGCUCAGCAACUCCCGCAGCAACUGCUUGUGUCUGCCGACUUGAUUGUUUGCGCUCUGUAUUCCAACUCUAUAAACUUCAGCUGUCCUGCCGCAUACAUCGACAUCUCCCCCUCCUUCAACUGAAACAUCCUCACAGCUGCACCCCGCAGCAAAGACAAAAAACACCACCACAGCCAACAUGUCUACAACGCCAGACGCCCCGGCCUCUGGUCGUCUCCUGCUGCUGUCCAACCGCCUGCCCAUCACCAUUAAGCGCUCCGACGAUGGCAGCUACACAUUCUCCAUGUCCUCGGGCGGUCUUGUCACUGGUCUGUCGGGUCUCAGCAAGACAACCAGCUUCCAGUGGUACGGCUGGCCUGGUCUUGAGAUUCCCGAGAACGAGGUAGAAGGCGUCUCCAACCGCCUCAAGGAAGAAUACGGAGCCCACCCUGUCUUUAUCGAUGACGAGCUUGCCGACCGUCAUUACAACGGCUUCUCUAACUCUAUCCUCUGGCCGCUCUUCCACUACCACCCCGGAGAAAUCACCUUUGACGAAUCCGCCUGGGCAGCUUACCAACAAGUCAACCGCCUCUUCGCACAGGCCGUCAUCAAGGAUGUCCAGGACGGCGAUCUGAUUUGGGUCCACGACUACCAUCUUAUGCUGCUCCCCCAGAUGCUGCGCGAGGAAAUCGGCAACUCCAAGAAGAACGUCAAGAUUGGCUUCUUCCUCCACACUCCGUUCCCGUCUUCGGAAAUCUACCGCAUCCUUCCCGUUCGUGAACCCCUUCUGACCGGCCUGCUCGACUGCGAUCUUAUCGGCUUCCACACCUACGACUAUGCGCGCCACUUCCUGUCCUCGUGCUCUCGCAUUGUCGGCACACCAACCACACCCAACGGUGUAGAAUACAAUGGCCGCUUCGUUACCGUCGGCGCUUUUCCAAUCGGUAUCGAUCCUGAAAAGUUUGUCGAGGGCCUCAAGACGCCCAAGGUCCAGGAACGCAUCGCUGCUCUUACACGCAAGUUUGAGGGUGUAAAGCUGAUUGUCGGCGUCGAUCGUCUUGACUACAUCAAGGGUGUCCCUCAGAAGCUCCACGCUCUCGAAGUGUUCCUCACAGAACACCCAGAGUGGAUUGGAAAGAUUGUCCUAGUUCAAGUCGCUGUUCCCUCGCGCCAGGAUGUCGAAGAAUACCAGAACUUGCGUGCCGUCGUCAACGAGCUUGUCGGCCGCAUCAACGGCCGCUUCGGCACCAUUGAAUUCAUGCCAAUCCACUUCCUGCACCAGUCUGUCUCCUUUGAGGAGCUUACUGCGCUCUACGCCGUUUCCGAUGUCUGUCUGGUUUCUUCCACCCGUGACGGCAUGAACCUCGUGUCUUACGAGUACAUUGCCACUCAGCGCGAGAACCACGGCGUCAUGAUCCUCUCCGAAUUCACUGGUGCCGCCCAGUCCCUCAACGGCUCUCUUAUCGUCAACCCCUGGAACACGGAGGAACUUGCCAAUGCUAUCCACGACGCCGUCACCAUGAGCCCUGAACAGCGCGCCGCCAACUACAGCAAGCUUGAGCGCUACGUCUUCAAGUACACCAGUGCUUGGUGGGGUGCCUCGUUUGUUGCCGAAAUGACACGCUUGAGCGCCGGAAGCACAAAGGCCAAGACUUUGCGCAACGUCCAAGGCGCCGUCGUGGGACCAGAGGAUCUGGAGGAUUAGAGAAGACGCAACACAUCAAAGACACUUUGCAGAACAACCAAACGGCCCCCCUAUAAAUACACAUGAACAGCAGGAGUACACGGUGUUUCUUUUCUACGUUAUGACUUUUCUCUUUUUUUCAUAUCUCGGCCAGUUUUCCUUUGUUAUUCAUUAUCAGUUAUUAGAUGGAAAUGACGCUACGAACAUGCAGGUGGAGGCUUUACACUAGCAAUCACAAUAACUACGAUUUUUUUUCUGG